CCCCCCCCUCCCCAGAUACACUGCCCAAAAGAUGUAUCCUCAAGGGAGACACCCGGCGCCUCACCAGCCCGCUCAGCCGUUCAAAUUCACCGUGGCCGAGUCUUGCGACAGAAUCAAAGAGGAAUUUCAGUUUCUGCAGGCCCAGUAUCACAGCUUAAAGAUGGAGUGCGAUAAACUUGCUAACGAGAAAACAGAGAUGCAGAGGCACUAUGUCAUGUAUUACGAGAUGUCAUAUGGGCUGAACAUCGAAAUGCACAAACAGACUGAGAUUGCUAAAAGACUCAACACCAUCUUGGCACAGAUCAUGCCCUUUCUUUCACAAGAGCACCAGCAGCAGGUAGCCCAGGCAGUUGAACGUGCCAAGCAGGUGACGAUGACGGAGUUGAACGCGAUCAUCGGGGUACGUGGAGUUCCCAAUCUGCCUCUCACCCAGCACCACAUUAUCUACCCACCUUUCAUGCAGCAGCAGCUACAAGCCCAGCACCUGUCCCACGCCCACGCUCCGCCUGUCCAGCUUCCCCCCCACACCUCAGGCCUGGCCCCCCAGGGCAUCCCAUCCGUGGUGGGGGGAGCCUCGGGUCUGCUCGCCCUGUCCGGGGCACUGGGCAGCCAAGGCCAUCUGUCAGUCAAGGACGAGAAGAACCACCAUGAGCUGGAUCAUCGAGACCGGGACUCCAGUGUGAAUAACUCCGUGUCUCCGUCAGACAGCCUGAGGCCUGGAGACAGGAGCCGGGGCUCCGCGGACUACAUGGAGGCCAAGAAACGCAAGGUGGAGGAGAAGGAAAACAUGAGCAGAUACGACAGUGAUGGAGACAAGAGUGAUGACUUGGUUGUGGACGUUUCAAACGAGGACCCGGCCACUCCUCGGAUCAGCCCGGCACACUCCCCCCGGGAGAACGGGGUGGACAAGCCCCGGGGGAUGAAGAAAGAUGCUCCCAACAGCCCCGCCUCAGUCGCCUCCUCCAGCAGCACCCCGUCCUCCAAAACUAAAGACCUCGGUCACAACGACAAGUCAUCGACGCCCGGCCUGAAGUCCAACACGCCCACCCCCCGGAACGAGGCACCCACCCCCGGCACCAGCUCCACACCAGGCCUCAGGCCCAUCCCAGGCAAGCCUCCCGGCAUGGAGUCCUUAGCCCCCGCCCUGCGGACGCCCAUCUCCAUCGCCGGCUCCUACGCACCGUUCGCCAUGAUGUCCCACCACGAGAUGAACGGGGCACUGACCAGCCCUGGGGGCUACCCUGGGCUCCACAGCCUCUCCCCCCAGAUGAGUGCCGCGGCCUACCGAGCCCCCAUGGUGAGCUUCGGAGCUGUCAGCUUUGACCCCCACUCUCACAUGAGAGCUUCAGGGCUGCCAUCAAGUCUGGCUUCCAUCCCAGGAGGAAAACCGGCCUAUUCCUUCCACGUCAGCGCGGACGGUCAAAUGCAGCCGGUGCCGUUCCCUCCGGACGCGCUGAUUGGGCCCGGGAUCCCACGUCACGCCCGGCAGAUCAACACCCUGAGCCACGGGGAGGUGGUGUGCGCGGUGACCAUCAGCAAUCCUACCCGGCACGUCUACACCGGCGGCAAAGGUUGCGUCAAGAUCUGGGACAUCAGCCAGCCCGGCAGCAAGAGCCCCGUCUCUCAGUUGGAUUGUCUGAACCGGGAUAACUACAUUCGAUCCUGUAAGCUGCUGCCUGACGGCCGGACCCUGAUUGUGGGGGGGGAGGCCAGCACGCUCACUAUCUGGGACCUGGCCUCGCCCACGCCCAGGAUCAAGGCUGAGCUGACCUCCUCGGCUCCCGCCUGCUACGCGCUGGCCAUCAGCCCCGACGCCAAGGUCUGCUUCUCCUGCUGUAGUGACGGCAACAUCGCAGUGUGGGACCUGCACAACCAGACGCUCGUCAGGCAAUUCCAAGGCCACACAGAUGGCGCCAGCUGCAUAGACAUCUCACACGACGGCACAAAGCUGUGGACGGGCGGCCUGGACAACACUGUGAGGUCCUGGGACCUCAGGGAGGGACGUCAGCUGCAACAGCACGACUUCACCUCACAGAUCUUCUCUCUGGGUUACUGCCCCACGGGCGAGUGGCUGGCUGUAGGGAUGGAGAGCAGUAAUGUGGAGGUGCUGCACCACACCAAGCCCGACAAGUACCAGCUUCACCUGCACGAGAGCUGUGUGCUGUCACUCAAAUUCGCCUACUGCGGCAAGUGGUUUGUUAGCACCGGCAAAGAUAACCUGCUGAAUGCUUGGAGGACGCCAUACGGUGCGAGUAUAUUUCAGUCGAAGGAGUCCUCCUCUGUUCUAAGCUGUGACAUCUCGGCUGACGACAAGUACAUUGUGACGGGUUCGGGUGAUAAGAAAGCCACGGUGUACGAGGUGAUCUACUGAGCGCAACUUACCCACCCAGUGACGGGGGUCCGAGGGUCUGGGACUCCGGAGUUCAGGGCUCGCCCGACCUGCCUGUGGGCGGGAGG